AGGUAGCUCUAUCCCGUGGUAACAAGUGACAUUUAGUGUGAACCUGAGAGCGCGCGUGGUCAGUAGGGAAAUGCCGUCGACACGGUGAUCGGUAAACUUUGAAAAGAAACGAGAGUGAACGAAGAGGUUUGUGGACACGCUUUUGACGGUCAUUUCAACAUGGGGUUACUUCUAUAAUGGACGGAACAGAGAACCCAUCUAUUACACAUCAUAACCACGGCAUCGUCCCCGUCUAUGACUGCAGGCAUGGCCCUGUUCAAGCAGCAGACAGUGGAGGAUUUCUACGACAUCGGAGAAGAAUUAGGAAGCGGUCAGUUUGCCAUCGUGAAGCGUUGCUGGGAGAAGAGCACAGGUCUGGAGUUCGCCGCUAAGUUCAUCAAGAAACGUCAGAGCAGAUCCAGCCGACGGGGGGUCAGGAGGGAGGAGAUAGAGAGAGAGGUCAACAUCCUACAGCAGACACAACACGCCAACAUAGUCACCUUCCACGAUGUCUACGAGAACCUUACUGACGUGGUGCUCGUCCUGGAGCUGGUGUCUGGGGGAGAGCUGUUUGACUUCCUGGCCCAGAAGGAGUCUCUGAGUGAAGAGGAGGCAACUCAGUUUAUCAAACAGAUUCUGGAGGGGGUCCACUACCUACACUCUAGGAAGAUAGCACACUUUGACCUCAAGCCUGAAAACAUCAUGCUGUUGGACAAGAACGUGCCAUUGCCAAGGAUCAAACUAAUCGAUUUCGGACUCGCUCACAAAAUCGAGGCGGGGGCAGAGUUUAAAAACAUUUUUGGGACUCCUGAAUUUGUGGCCCCAGAGAUAGUGAUGCUGAUUGGUCAACCUGUCUGUUCCAGCCCUAGAGAUAGUGAUGCAUUUAGUGCAGUGCUGAGUGGAGCGUCUCCCUUCCUGGGAGAGACUAAACAGGACACGCUGGCCAACAUCUCAGCCAUGAACUACGAGUUUGACGAGGAGUUCUUCUGUAGAACCAGUGAACUGGCCAAAAGCUUCAUACGGCAGCUACUGGAGAGAGACAAGAUGAAGAGAUUAACUAUUCAAGAUGCCCUCAACCAUCCCUGGAUCAAGUCUAAUGAAUGCAAGGAGGAGACUCCCAUCACCAAAACCCCGGACCAGACCAAGACCCCGGACCAGACCAAGACCCCGGACCAGACCAAGACCCCUAAGAAGCGCGAGCGCCGUCAGCUGAAGACCAAACGUCUCAAGGAGUACACCAUGAAGUCCCACUCCUCCAUGCCCCCCAACAACACCUACGUCAACUUCGAACGCUUCGUCCAGGUAGUGGAGGACAUCAGCCGGAUGGAGGGCUCCUUCACUGGGCUAGCCUCGGCCCACGACUCCCUGCAGGAGGACAUCGACGCCUUGGUCUCCGUCUACAACCACAAGGAGUCCUGGUACAAGGAGGAGAGCGAGGGGGUCCGUCACCAGCUGUCUCAGAUCCGCUACGAGUUCCGUAAAGUGGAGGCGAUGAAGAGGAGCCUGCAGGAUGAGAUGAAGGUGGUGGACGUUAGCGUCAGUGACGUUAGCGCCCGCUACCAGGAGAGGAAGAGACACUUUGACGCCCUGAGACAGGAGCUGAGCGACGAGCUGAAGUGGGUGCAGGACGUGGUGGGGUCGUUAGGGGUCACGGGCGGGGUCGCGGACGGGGUCGGAGGAGGGGGCUACCUCAACUGUAACUUCUCCACUGUGUUUAAUAAUGACGUGAAUGAAGCACUGAAGGAAAUGCUGAACAGAAGCUGUGGAGGAGAUCUGCUGUCUGGGAUCAGCCUGAACCUAGUAUAG